ACCUAACCGUUAGCCCAACAUUGGCCCCAUAAUACAUCACCAACUAUCAAUAUUUGGUGUUGAACCACCGUUGACCCAAUAUAGGUAACCCAACGGCGACAAUACAACCAUAUUGUGAGAUUGGGCCAACGAUGUGCUUGCUAUCUGGGUAGAAUCUUGACUAUUCAAAAUAAACGAUCACCUCACACCAGGAAGUCCAGGCGAUCAGAAAACUAAAAGCUUGAGCCAGGUAAGGAGACAAAAAGAAUAAGUUUGCGAUGGCAGAACACGAGCAGCCCAAAAGUUCACUUUAUUACAUGGCCAAUAUCGAGUGCCGUUUAGAUUCCAUCGAGACACCUGCGCUGGUAGCACUGUACAGACCUCUUAUUUCCCGAUGUGUGAAGGUCGACGAUGUUGUGUUUUACCUUGAUGACGUCAUUAACACAGAAGAACGAGAGGAAAUCAUUGCGAUAAAGGCAAGGAAAGGUUCAUUGAAGGCUAUGAAAGUUCUCUUGUCUUUCAUUGACAGAAGCGAAGCAAAUGAUAAGUGGACAAAAUUUGUAGAAAUCUUAGAUAAAAAAGGCUACCAGUAUGUGGCAAAAGCUCUUAGGGGUGAGGAGGUAAACAGUGAUGUAUACAAAAAGUUUAAAAAUCUUCUCUCACCUCUAAGAAUGGAUCUAGUGGAAAAAAUAAAUCCAAACGAUUUACUGGAUCUGUUGGAAAGUCAAGAAAAAGUCAUCGAACGGUCAGAUACCGAGCACAUCAUGGCUGAAAUGGAAAACAAUGGUCCUAUGGCUGGAAUGAUAGUUCUUUUGGACAGAAUCUGGAGGAAAUCUGAGAACUGGUACACCUCAUUCCUUAAAGUAUUGUGCCUAAAGGAAUACACAUAUUUUGUAGGACUUGAUAGACAGUUCGCUUUAGAUUUGGAUAAGGAAAUGUUGGAAAGUAAACCUGCUGAAUCUCCAGGCUGCAAACAAACCCCUGUUACGGAUGAGGAAACAAAAAAUACAGAGGGGUCAUUUCCUGUCCAGUGUGUCUCAGAUGAGGAGGGGUAUAGAUUAGCAGAGUCAGGGAAUUUCAAUGAACUGUUCUCUGGGGACUUCCAUGGCGAGAAACCAAUUCAAGCUGUUGUAAACAAGGUUUGCGAUAAAGACGGCGUUGAAGACACAGAAGCAAAAUCAGUCAUUGAAACUGAGGAAACUGAGGAAGUCGAUACGGAUUUGAAAAGGACCUACCAGAAUGCAUCAGCGGAAGAACAAAAUCAUGUGUCUGAAGAAGAUGUGCAGACUAGCUUGGGAGCGUUUGAAGAAAGACAGUACCAGAACGAAUUAGCUUUGCCAGCUCAGCGAGGUCAAAACUGUAUUAUUAUAGCCCCAACAGGAAGCGGAAAAACAUUUGUAGCUGUCAAAAUAAUCAAGCAUCACCUCAAAAACAGAGAAAUUCAAAGAGAGAAAAAAAUUGCGUUUGUGGUGGAAAAAAAUAAUUUGGCCACCCAACAGUCUGAGACAAUCAACCGUCACGUGGCCUGUAAAUUGAAAGUUGUAUCUGGAGACACCAUGCGUGACGAGGAUUUCAAAGACCUUGCUGUUCUUCUUUCGCAAUUUGAUGUAUUUGUCAUAACAGCGCAGAUGCUGGUAAAUGCAAUGGAUAAAAGAAAUUUGCGAAUUGAAACAUUUUCUCUGAUUAUCUUCGACGAAUGUCACCAUUGUCAUGGUGGUCAUUCCUUCUAUAAAACGAUGAUUCCUUACCAUGACAAGAAGCUGGAAGAUCCAGAGGAACGGAUCAUUCUCCCCCAGAUAGUUGGAUUCACGGCCUCUAUUGGAGUGGGAAAAGCGAACACGCAAGGACAGGUUGUUAACCAUAUCAAAACAAUGAUGGCUAAUUUAGACGCAGAUGCACUGGUGUCUGUAAAAGAAAACUAUUUCGAAUUGGUUACUAAGAUGAAUACCCCGGAUAACACUAUCCUGAAAAUACCAAAAAGAAAGAUUGAUCAAUUUGGAGCGAUUAUCAAAGACUUAAUGGUGAAAACAGAAGAUUGUCUGGCAUUAGCAAAUGAUAAACAACCGGACAAAAAUGCAUUGAGCCCUCCUUCUACCAAGGGCAAUGAAGAAUACACCCAAUGGCUACAGACCAGUCUUAUGGAUGCUGGAGUUAGGGCAGAUCGUGAUCUUAGCCCUUUCUUAUUCACUAUCAGAAAAUAUUUAGAGAUUUACAAUGAAGCGUUAAUUAUUCACUCCAAUGCCAGAGCGAGUGAUGCUCUAUGCUAUAUUCUACAAAAUAUUCAGGAUCUUCAAAUAUCAGACACGGGCACUGAAAUCGAAAUCCGGGCGAAGACUCUCUUCGAAAAUGUGAGAGAAGAGUUAAACAUUUGUGCCACAGACGAUCAAAAAUGUGAAGAAAAUCCCCUUCUGAUGAAGCUUAAGGAAAUCAUUCUUGAGACACACCGAGAGGAAAGCAAUAUGAGAGGAAUAGUGUUCGUACGCACACGAGUGGUCGCUGACAUAAUUGCAUCAUGGAUGAAAGAGACAGAUGAACUAAAACAAAUAAAGGCCAGAAAAUACACCGGGGCCCAGGCUCGUGGGACAGAUGGAGGAAGCACCAAAAACAAACAAAGGGAAACGAUUGAAUUAUUCACCAAAGGAGACUUUAAAGUGAUUGUAGCCACGACCAUAGCAGAAGAGGGUUUGGAUAUCAAAGAAUGCAAUCUUGUAGUUAAAUAUGACUACGCUGGAAAUUUGAUAUCGCAGAUCCAAGCCAAAGGAAGAGGCAGGGCAGUAAACAGUAGGUUUUUCAUUUUGGCCUCGGAGAACAAGUGUGUUGCAGAGAGAGAAUUGACGAAUUCUUUACAAGAACCAAUGAUGGAAGAGGCAAUGAAUUUUGUUCAACAAGAAAUUCAGGCUGAGAAUGAAAAAUACCAAAUGGAAAAACAAGAGUUGCAACGUCAGGCAAAAAGAGAAAGAGAUGCUGCAGUGCACAAUCAGAGCUCGAGAACGAAUGCACAACGACAAUGUGUUCUCCGAUGCUUAAAAUGUAACCAGUAUUUGUGCCUUUCCAACGAAUUAAAGAAAAUAGGAUCUCACUUUGCGUGUGUGAGCGAGAAAUUAAAGAAUCAUGUCACUUGCGAGAAAAGUGAAGAUAUCAUUUUUGAGAACAAGAAGAUUAAGAUAGGUGUGGGCAUUGUGAAGUGUAAAUGUGGGGAGAAAAUUGGAAACGUCGCUCUACACAGAGGUAUCCAUUUUCCAAUGCUGCAAAUCAAAGCGAUUAAGAUAGAAGAUGAUAAAAAAGAGUUACGUCGCCUAAAACAGUGGAAGAAUGUAGAAGAAGAGUAUUUCACUGUCAGCUUCUUAUCUACAAGAGACUUCAAGAGGAUUUCAGAGUCGGGAAAGCUGGUUGAUAUGGACUGAACAUUGUUGUACCGCAAUUGACAUUUCAACAAGAUAUUAAUUGUAAUUCAUAGCUCUAUAGAAACUGACAGGAUCGAAAUCUACAUGAUGCAUACAGUUUUAACCAGUUGAUCGAGCAGUUGAAACAUUCAACACCCUAAGAAAAAUCACAGACUGUACGAAAUAACCAUGUUUAUAUCGGACUCAGUUUCUGAUAAUAAGACGACCUUGAUGUUUCUCUUGCCUAAUUUACCGAUGUACAUUUAAAAUAAAA